AUGAAUAAAUAAGUUUAUAUCAACUUUGAUACAUUAGAUUAUGAUAAAAUUAAUGGAAAUGCAUAAGAAAAUAUUAUGAUAGAGACAUCUAUUUCAUCUUAAGAAACCUGUGAUGAAAUUUAUAAUUUAAAUUAAAACUUAAUUAUAUUUUGCUAAAGUUAAUUUAGUUUGAAGUAAUAUUCUGUUAAUUUAUUGGGCUAAACAAAUCUUAUACUUGAAUAUGGUGUUUCUAUUUAAAUAUAAGAUCAAUACAAGAAGAAAUAAUAACAAAUUUUAGGAAAAAAUUAAUUUGUAAUUGUAUUCUAUUAAUGUUCUUAAUGGACAAUUCUUGAAAUUAAUCAAUAGUAAAUAUUGCUUAUUUUGCAAUCGAAAAUAGAUUAACAUAAUUCAUUAUUUUAAGAUUUAUAUAAAGUGGAUGAUGUACUAAUUUGUGAAAUAGAUGUAUAAAUAAUCUACUUUAUUGAAGGAAAUAAUUACAUUUAAGUAAGAUGAAAUUCUAAUUAUAUUACCAUUAAAAAAAUGCUUGAACAUUAUGAUAAUAACAUAUUUAAAAGAAAAUGAUUCAUAAUCUAUUUAAAAAUUUGAUAAUGAAAUUGAAUUAAAUAAUCCUUAUAAAAGUGAUCAAAUAUAUUUAUUGUCCAAUCUCCUAGUUUUAUAAAAUUAAACAGAACUAAUCAUUAGAAUUGAUAAACACCUAAUUCUAACAUAUUUUAUUCUAAACUUGUCAUUAACUUUUCUGAAAGAAGAUAAUUUAUUUUAUUAAUUAGACAAAACUAAAAAUAUAUUAUAAUUCUAUAGAUAUUUUCCUAUAAGUAGUUUCAUUGAACCAAAAUUAAAAUUUGUAUAUUUUAUUCUGAAAACAGAUGGAUCAGAAAGAUAAUCAUUAAUGUACUGUUUUAAAAUGUAAUAUGAAAAAAAUUUGGAUAUAAAAAUUAACAAAAAAGAAUAUGUCUUAAAAAAAAAAGAUUGCUAAAAUAGAUAGAAAAUUAUAAUAAAAACACAUGAUUUUGAAUAAUUUUUAUUCUAAAAGGUGACUUUUUAUCAUAAUGAAACUAAAGUUGUUAAUUUAAGUAUCUGGAAUCAUUAAAAAGAUGAAAACUUAUGUUAUUAACAAUUAUAAAGAUAUAAAUUUAAUAGCAAUAUUAUUUUAAUAUCAAUGCAAAUUUUAAAUUACAUAGUUUUUUAACUUAAAAAUUAAUUGUACUUCCACAAUUUUGAAUAAAACAAAAUAUAAAUGAGCAUAGAUACUAAUCAAUUUGAAGUAUUUCGACUUAAUUAAGAUUAUUAUAUAAUUGAUAAAAUUAAUAAAUAAGUAAAAGUAAUUUUAUUUCACUCAGGAUCGAUAAAUUAAAUUUAAUUGCAUUCUAAUAUUGAAAUACUAAAAGUAUAAAAGAUGAAUCAAAUAAUAAUAAUCUUCUUAAAAGAUGAAAAAAAUCCAAUUAUAAUAUCCAAAACAUACAACUAAAAAAUAGUAAAAAGUAUCUUUCAUAACAUCUUAAUUACCCAAAUGAAAUUAUUUUUAUUAAGAAUUUGGAAAUUAUAAAUUUAUUUAAUACUUGAAUAUCUUUACCUAAGAAUUAAAUGGAAUUGUAAAGUUUUUUCAUUUACCAGAUGUCUUAAUUGUAUCUGCGAAAUCAAAAUUAAAAGAUAUCUUUUGUAUUUUGUCAGUAUAAUUUGA